AAGCAAUCAUUUCUCCUUCUCUCUGGCUGCAUUCUCGCAGCCAUUGAGAAAUACUGUGAGAGCUGUGAUUGGUCACAGCUUGUCACAUGGUACAAGGCUGUUGUGAAUAGCCCUGUACCAUGUGACCUCUGUGAUCAUUCACAGAUUUCACACGUAGUAAGCUAUGAUGUCAGAAGUGACAUUUUGCUUACUACUCUGCAUGUGAUCACUAAUUGGCCAAUCAGUGAUCACAUGAUCAGGUCCUCACACAGAGGUCCCGUACAGUGUCCCAGGGAGCGCACAGUCCAAAAUGGUGGGCACCAUUUAUAA